AUGGCAGCUGCGAUGCUGAGCAGCUCGGAUGCUGAGCAGCUCAGAUGCUUUGGGACUGGUCGCAUAUACGUGCGACCUCUGCAGAUAAGCAUACCCUUGGCAGUCGGUGUCGACACGUCUCUGCAGCACGAAGAAUGUUUGACCUGUCAUCUGUCAAUUCCUGUGAGCGAAAUGCGACAACAUUGUGAAGAUUCUCAUGUAAGUUACAGUAUAGACUGCCAUUAUAGAAAGUGAAUAAGUUACCGAAUGCUGGGAACGUUAAAUUCCAUACCAUGAGUUGCUAAAUUAUUUAUCAACAUAUACCAAAAUGUAGGGUUCAAACAGCGUUGAUGAACAAGAUUCAAAUGAGGAAAAUUACACUGUGCAUGACAGGUAGGUUUCGUUGGUAAAAAUAAUAUGCCCUUAUACACUGCCUUGUAUUAGAUUUGACCAGCGUGCACGUAUACCCCACACCUGUUUCAUGAGGGGUCUAUGCACAUUAAUUUAUUGUGUUACACGAGAAAUGAAGUGAGGGUGUACAGUUGGAAUAUUUCCCUUCAAUACAUAAUCAAGUUUUCUUAACCUGCAGUGUCAUUUUUCACUUACUAUUUACUAACAGAGUAUUUCCACUUGAACUAGUGCAACAAGGUAUCAUUGGUAAUGUAAGACAUGUAGAAUAUUAAGAAGAUAGUUAGUACGGGCAUAUUUAUUAUUCUUACCAUGCAAUUAAUUUUGCAAAUUGUUUAUGUCAUUUGAAGAUACUAGCAUAUUUUUUUGCCAAUUAAAAUUUCUAUUAAUAUUAUCAAGAGAUAUAUUGAUAGAGAAAACUUAUAUUUGAUGUUCGUUGAGUUGUUUAUUGCUGCUAUUAUUUAUCGCUGUUAGAUGACUUCAUUAUGUUAUUUAGUCAUCUUGAUAUGGAUGAGGGAGAUAUCACGGUGGCGCCCCUGGAACGGUCAUCUGACCUGAACCAACAGGAUGAAAACAGUUCUGCUGAAGUUGUUCCGUCAACCUCCGCAACUGAUGUUUUUGAAGCAAAUGAGCAACCUGAGGUCGUAAUAAUUGAUCAACCUGCAGUUGUUGAACAAAGAUCAGAUGAUGCUGUUGCGGGCUGUGAACAUGAUUAUCAAGAUCAAUUUAGAGAUCCGUAUGUAUACUGUAUAAUACAGGCAUGAUGCUAGUGUUUUCGUUUUAAGCCUCUUCGUUAUCUUUUAGAGAAACGAUUCCAUUUACAGAACAUCCGAAAUGCUGAGGUACAUAAAAGAAAAUUUGUGCGUCGAAAACAAGGAAGAUGGUGAAGGCGGAUAUUUUCUUCACGAUAACGUGAUGGCGCGAACGAAUCAAUUUUACGUUGGAGAUGGCAUUAUUUUUGGUAUGAAUUAUUGUAUUAUAUCGUAGUGUUAUUUUUAUAUUUGGUUUGAUUGAAGUUAAACACAGUUACUCGUUCGUUUGGCUUCAUGCAUAGCGAAUACACUAUUCACGUGUAGCAUACGUUGGUUACAUAUUUGCGGUUGCACCGACGAUGCUAAUUUUGGUGUAGUUUUCUGUAGAGUGUGAGCACGUAAUAUUAUGUAAACAAUUAAUUGUAAAAUAAGCUAACGUCAAGAAAACCUGUUAUAUAAAUUAGCCUACUUUAACUAAAUAUAUUAUUCUUGAUCACUCGGACUCUGUUGUGACUAUGUCUAUGUUGACCUAAGAAGUACAAUAUAGUGUGCUCGGUACCUUACACACAUAAAUAAAAUAACUAAUCUGUUCGUUUUAGGUUACAGUCUACUUCAAGGAGGGCCAUUACCUUGUUUUCUAUCCGAAAAACAACUUCAAGCAUUAUUUGUCAGUGAAAGUACUGAGAGAAAACCAUAUGAAGCCCAAUUCUUGGAGGGAAUGGCCACUUUCGGCUUAACAAAGGUUUGUAAUAAUAUGUAGUGAUAUAUAGUUUGUGCUGUUCAGAACUGAUGUAGCUUUGACGAGUUUGGGACCAUGCUAAUGGGGAAAAAUGUGUUUAUCUUAUGAUAUACAAGUUAUAUGGUUAUUGUAACUGUAACCAGAUUUGGUAAAUUAAUGUACUUUUGGUAAAAUUUUAUAAUUCUCUGAAUUAUUUAGAAAAAACGUUUUGGUAGAUUUUUAGUGAAAUUUGCAAAACCAAAGUAUUUCAAUCAAGCACGGGCGCUCAACUUCCACUGCUACUUCCUUCUGCAGCGUUUAGUGUAGUGGCACGCUUCGUCACGAGGCGGAGUAAAACACGUGUUAUACAACAGGCUGCGUCUACGUUAGUUCACCUUGUAUACUGAUCGAUGCAUACAACCAAGUUGGGUUUUUUUUUGCAGCUGGCAGAAGAGGAUCAAUAACUUUAGAAAACAUUUUAAAGUUCGCUACAGCUGGUGAAAAUGAGCCUGUUCUUGGUUACGGAGUUGAACCAACAAUUGAAUUUGUAGCCACUGAUUCUGCAUUCCCAACUGCCAACACAUGCGUGAAUAAGCUAACUUUGGUCAUUGGUGAAAAGUUGCCAACAGAUCAGGAAAGAAUGUUCUCCAUUUUCGACUUAAGUUUUGUUAAUGCACACUUCGGACUAGUCUGA